GCCGCAGCCAUGGCCCUGGUGACCCUGCAGCGCUCGCCCACGCCCAGCGCCGCCUCCUCCUCGGCCAGCAACAGCGAGUUGGAGGCUGGCAGCGAUGAAGAGCGGAAGGUAAACCUCAGCUUAAGUGAGAGCUUUUUCAUGGUGAAAGGAGCAGCACUCUUCUUACAGCAAGGAAACAACCCUCAGAGCCAGCGAAGCCUUCAGCAUCCCCACAAGCAUGCAGGUGACUUGCCCCAACAUCUUCAAGUAAUGAUCAACCUUCUGCGAUGUGAAGAUCGGAUCAAGCUGGCCGUGCGCUUGGAGAGCGCCUGGGCGGAGCGGGUCCGGUACAUGGUGGUGGUGGACAGCAGCGAGCGCCAGGACACGGAGGAGAGUAUCUUGCUGGGAGUCGACUUUUCCAGUAAGGAAAGUAAAAGCUGCACCAUCGGGAUGGUUCUCCGGCUGUGGAGCGACACGAAAAUCCACCUUGAUGGAGACGGGGGAUUCAGCGUCAGCACUGCGGGACGGAUGCAUGUCUUUAAGCCCGUAUCCGUCCAGGCCAUGUGGUCUGCCCUGCAGGUCCUUCACAAGGCCUGCGAAGUGGCACGAAGACACAACUACUUCCCUGGUGGCGUGGCGCUCAUCUGGGCCACCUACUACGAGAGCUGCAUCAGCUCGGACCAGAGCUGCAUCAACGAGUGGAACGCCAUGCAGGACCUGGAGUCUGCACGGCCCGACUCCCCAGCCCUGUUUGUGGACAAGCCAACUGAAGGGGAAAGAACUGAGCGCCUCAUCAAAGCCAAGCUCCGGAGCAUCAUGAUGAGCCAGGAUCUAGAAAACGUGACCUCGAAAGAAAUCCGUAAUGAAUUAGAGACGCAGAUGAACUGUAACCUGAAAGAAUUCAAGGAAUUCAUAGACAACGAGAUGCUCCUUAUCUUGGGACAGAUGGACAAGCCCUCCCUUAUCUUCGACCACCUCUAUCUCGGCUCUGAAUGGAAUGCAUCCAAUCUGGAGGAACUGCAGGGCUCAGGUGUGGACUACAUUUUAAAUGUCACCAGAGAAAUAGAUAAUUUUUUUCCUGGCUUAUUUGCGUAUCAUAACAUUCGCGUCUACGAUGAAGAGACAACAGACCUUCUUGCCCACUGGAACGAAGCGUACCAUUUCAUAAACAAAGCAAAGAGGAACCAUUCCAAGUGCCUGGUACAUUGCAAAAUGGGUGUCAGCCGAUCGGCUUCCACGGUCAUAGCCUAUGCAAUGAAGGAAUUUGGCUGGCCUCUGGAAAAAGCGUACAACUACGUGAAGCAGAAGCGCAGCAUUACACGGCCCAACGCGGGCUUUAUGAGGCAGCUGUCUGAGUAUGAAGGCAUCUUGGACGCGAGCAAACAACGGCACAACAAGCUGUGGCGCCAGCAGAGCAAGACCUGCCUCCAGCAGCCUGCGGACGACCCUGCAGGGUCGGGGGGCUUCUUGCCGGAGACCCUGGACGGCACCCCGGAGGCCCGGCUGCCCUGCCUGGACGAUGCUGCCCAGCCCGCCUUCCCAGACAGCGGGGCCCCAGGAGGCCCCACUCUCCCCUGCUGCUUCCGGCGGCUCUCAGACCCCCUCCUGCCUUCCCCCAACGACGAACCCGGCAGCUUGGUCCACCUGGAGGAUCUGGAGAGGGAUGCUCUGUUGGAGGAAGCGGCCGAGCCAACUGAGGCACACACGCCAGCCAGACAUCCCCAGGAAGCUUCUGGACUCUGCGAGAAGGAAGUGAGGAAGAAGCUGGAGUCCGGGAGCCCUAAGGCCCGGAGCGGCUCCUUGCAGCAGGUGGAAGAGAUGGAAGGGGAGGAGGCCCCAGGGGCAGGGCAGUGGGGGCGGCCCCCACCCCAGCCCGAUAAAAGCCUGCUCAACCGGGAGAACCUUAACAACAACAACAGCAAGAGGAGCUGUCCCGAUGACUUCGAGCACGAUGCUAUAUUCGGGAUCCUUAACAAGGUGAAGCCUUCCUACAAAUCCUGUGCCGACUGCGUGUACCCUGUAGCCAGUGGGGCUCCUGAGGCCUUCAGGGAGCGGGGCGAGAACCCUGGAGCUCCCGCCAUCUGUACCCAGCCAACCUUCCUGCCCCACCUCACCUCCUCCCCUGUGGCCCACACGUCCAGCAGAUCCCGAGCUUUAGAGAAACUGGCCUCUGGCCCAAGCGAGAGUCCCCCUUUGCUACCACCAGCAGGCUCGAGGAGGUCAGAUGUCGGUGGCUCCGGGGCCGCGGCUGCCCCAGAACUACCAGCUAGCCUUUUGGAAUCUUCCAGAGAAACCCAAAAAGUCCUGCCAAAGUCCCUCCUUUUGAAGAAUUCUCACUGUGAUAAGAACCCUCCAAGCAUGGACGUAGCAAAGGAUGAAUCGCCGCCCAAGAAAGAUCUGAGACCGGCCAAGGACCUGCGGCUUCUGUUCAGUAAAGAGGCCGAGAAGCCGACAAGCAACAGCUACCUGAUGCAGCACCAGGAGUCCAUCAUUCAGCUGCAGAAGGCGGGCUUGGUCCGAAAGCACACUCAAGAACUGGAGAGGCUGAGGGGCACGCCCGCAGACCCGGCGUCUCCCUGCAGGGAUGGCCCCGCCGGCAGGCUGGAGGCCAGCGUCCCCGAGGAGAACCCCGAUCUGGCUCCUGCCCAUCCGCCGGGGCCCCCGGCCCUGCCCAGCCUCGCAGGGAGCGAUGACAAGUCAGAGGCCAUCCCCCCUCCGUUCGAAGGCGCCCCACUCAAGAGCCCUACUCCCUUCCUCUGCCGCCUGGAUCACACCACUCACUUCUCGAAAGACUUCUUGAAGACCAUCUGCUACACCCCCACGUCCUCCUCCAUGAGCUCCAACCUGACGCGGAGCUCCAGCAGUGACAGCAUCCACAGCGUCCGAGGCAAGCCAGGCCUGGUGAAGCAGCGGACGCAGGAGAUUGAGACCCGGCUCCGGCUGGCGGGCCUCACCGUCUCGUCCCCACUGAAACGCUCACACUCUCUGGCCAAGCUUGGAAGUCUCAACUUCUCGACAGAAGACCUGUCCGGUGAGGCAGACGCGUCCGCCCUCACCGACUCCCGGGACGCCAAGUCGAGCGAGUCUUCCUUCUUGCGUGAGCCCCAGGCAGCCCCAAGGAAGCCAGCCGCGACCUCUCAACCAUCAGGGAAAUCUGCUUCAGAACAUUUGAGAAGCCCCUCGUGGAUGAGCAAAAGCUGACCCGCCUCUUGCUGUAUUCGGACGUGUAUUUUCACAUGGUCCCUCCCUUUGUUUCACUGUGGGUUUUGGCCGUGAUGUGUCCUAAACGAUUGACAUUCUAACUCUCCCCACUCUUGCCGCAGAGAGGAGAAGAAAAAACAAGAAUAACCCAGCACAAGAAGAAAGGGGGGGUGACGCCAGUGGUGGGGUGGCCCAGGAGAGCCAGAAGCCGUCGGCCAGUAGAUACAAAACUCCGAUCCCCAAGUCCUGUGUUUUCAGGAAGAAUCCUGUUCUUAAAAAGAGCAUAUACAGAUAUGCACACACAUCCCGAAUACUCCAUUUGCACCAUGCAAAAGAGUGGCAGCGGUGAUGUUUCCGUCGCCACGGCGCACGUUCCUAGCUCAUUCAGGCCCUUGCGGGGAAACCCUUGGAUGGCAAUAUAAGUCCUACCUCUGUUCUUGCUGUGCUUUUUAUUUUUAAAAUACAGUAGUGACCCAGGCUCCUUCCAGGGAA